AUGUAUGGCUCUUUUGAUCGCAGGGGCGUCCUAGCGGCGCUGCAGCAGGCAGCGCUAGGGGUGCGGCACUUCUCGCAGGCCGCAGGCCCCGCCGUUUUCGUAGACAAGACCACCAAGGUGAUCUGCCAGGGCAUCACCGGCAAGAAUGGCACCUUUCACACAGAGCAGGCCAUCGCGUAUGGCACCCAGAUGGUCGGCGGCGUUACGCCCAAGAAGGGCGGCAGCACCCACCUGGGCCUGCCCAUCUUCAACACGGUCGAGGAGGCCAAGGCAGCCACCGGCUGCACGGCCAGCGUGAUCUACGUGCCGCCCCCCUUCGCGGCGGCCGCGAUCCUGGAGGCGGUCAGGGCCGAGCUGGACCUGGUGGUGGCGAUCACGGAGGGCAUCCCGCAGCACGACAUGGUGAAGGUGAAGAAGAUCAUGAGUGAGCAGAGCAAAACGAGGCUCAUAGGGCCCAACUGCCCAGGCAUCAUCAAGCCGGGAGAGUGCAAGAUCGGGAUCAUGCCGCUGUGGGGCAGAGGCAUGUGGCAGUCUGGCGCAGGAAGGGCAGUCGCGCCUUGGCUUUGA